AAGCAAAGGGAAUAUCGCGAGAAAUCUACAUCGUCUCCCAUCUGACGUUUUCAGCGGUGGUUGUCGCUUUUGUUCUCGCGAUAUUUUCGGGUAAACGAGAGCCCCGGCGACCCGGGCUUCUGUGAAACAUGGCGGCCGGCUGAUACGGUAACACAAGCAUGACUAUAUGAAAGAAGAAGAAGGUUUUCCUGAAGAUGAGGCGACUGAAUCGGAAAAAAACCUUAAGUUUGGUGAAAGAGUUGGAUGCCUUUCCAAAAGUUCCUGACAGCUAUGUAGAGACUUCAGCCAGUGGGGGUACAGUUUCUCUAAUAGCAUUUACCACGAUGGCUUUAUUAACCAUAAUGGAAUUUUCAGUAUAUCAAGAUACAUGGAUGAAGUAUGAAUAUGAAGUAGAUAAGGAUUUUUCUAGCAAAUUGAGAAUCAAUAUAGAUAUUACUGUUGCUAUGAAGUGUCAAUAUGUUGGAGCAGAUGUAUUGGAUUUAGCAGAAACAAUGGUUGCAUCUGCAGAUGGUCUAGUUUAUGAACCAGCAAUAUUUGAUCUUUCACCACAGCAAAAAGAGUGGCAGAGAAUGCUGCAGCUGAUUCAAAGUAGACUGCAAGAAGAACAUUCACUUCAAGACGUGAUAUUUAAAAGUGCUUUUAAGAGUGCAUCAACAGCACUUCCACCAAGGGAGGAUGAUUCAUCACAGCCUCCAGAUGCUUGCAGAAUUCAUGGUCAUCUCUAUGUCAAUAAAGUAGCAGGGAAUUUUCACAUAACUGUGGGCAAGGCAAUUCCACAUCCCCGAGGUCAUGCACAUUUGGCAGCACUUGUCAACCAUGACUCUUACAACUUUUCUCACAGAAUAGAUCAUUUGUCUUUUGGAGAGCUUGUUCCAGGAAUUAUUAAUCCUUUGGAUGGAACUGAAAAAAUUGCUGUAGAUCACAACCAGAUGUUCCAAUAUUUUAUUACAGUUGUGCCAACAAAACUGCAUACAUAUAAAAUUUCAGCAGACACGCAUCAGUUUUCUGUGACAGAAAGGGAACGUGUCAUUAACCAUGCUGCAGGCAGCCAUGGAGUCUCUGGGAUAUUUAUGAAAUAUGAUCUCAGCUCUCUUAUGGUAACAGUUACUGAGGAGCAUAUGCCGUUCUGGCAGUUUUUUGUAAGACUCUGUGGUAUUGUUGGAGGAAUCUUUUCAACAACAGGCAUGUUACAUGGAAUUGGGAAAUUUAUAGUUGAAAUAAUUUACUGUCGUUUCAGACUUGGAUCCUACAAACCUGUCAGUUCUGUCCCCUUUGAGGAUGGCCACACAGACAACCACUUACCUCUUUUAGAGAAUAAUACACAUUAGCACCUCCUGAGUGAAGGAGAAAAACUUUUUGCCUGAGACUUAAAACCUUUUUUAAUAAUAAAAUAUUGUGCAAUAUAUUCAGAGAAAAGAAAAUACGAAUGAGAAGUGGGAAUCCUACCUAGGAAAAAAAAAAGAAAGAAAAACCCAAACUGAAAUCCUAUAUAUGUUGUGUCUGUUACAAAUGUCCUAGAAGAAAUUAUGCAGCUAAUCAGUGAAUAAGCCCAACUGGAGUAUUGCUUUGAAGAUGACCCCUUCUGAUAUUUUCAUAGCAAAUGGGCAGUAUCGAAAUCAGAGCUUGCUUCUUGGUGACAAAGAGCCUGAAGGAAAGAAGUCAAACCACAUCUAAAGAAAAAGGGAUUGAUAAGUGCAAAUGUUUGCGUCCUUCUGUUUUUAAAAGAUAUGUCAGAAUAAAAUAUGUAAAACAUAUGGAAAACUAGUCUAGACUUUAAAAAGUUGUGGUCAGGUCACACUGUUAAUAAAGGAAAACAGGGAUGGGUCCCUAUGUUAUAGCCAUAUCAGUGUUAAGCCAUAAUGACAAGGCCAUUUAUCCAAUAAUUUGGUCUGAGGAAGGUAACUGCUUUUCUUUAAAUUCUGGCUAUUGGCUUUUUCUGACUGUUCAAGGCAGGGCCGUGGAAGACUAAGGUGAAUUCCUACAGGGCCAGGUACGUAGGUGCUCUAAUAUGUAACAGAUAGCAUUCACAAAGUGUAUGGUGGGCACUUACACAGGGAGAAGAAAGCACAUUUUUAAAAAAGAUGCUAAAUUUUCUAAUUUGAUCCUUAUAUUAUUGCUGUUCUUUGGGAGUGGGAGGUGAGUAAUAAAAAGGUCCACUACUGGUGAUGAAAAUUA